AUGAUAAGGUCCUUUUUAGUCUAUUUAUUUGCAUGUUUCAUAGCGGCAACAAGAAAAAAAAGUGCUCCAAAAAAUGACAUUAUAUCGUUCAAUAAUCUGAAUGAAGAGAAAAAUUUAAGGUACUACAGUUCAGGAGGUUUAAGCGAAUGCUACAUGUGGUACUAUUUGAAAGAAGACUUUUUUGAAAUAUUUUAUUUAGGAAAUGAUGACAUAAUUAGGAAAAGAAAAGAAUCCAAGAAAAAUAAAAUUGUAAAGAAGGACAUUGUUAACACGAGGGGCAGUAGCACGUAUAGUAUUGGGAAUAAUUGUAUAUUAAGUGAUAAUGUGUGCACAAGGGAAAUACUAAUAUUGCUAAAUACAAAAAAAGCUACUUGCAAAUUCUUGUCAUCUUUUAUUGUUCAAGGAAAUGAAAAUGGAGAAGGAGAAAAAAAAUACAUCACUGUAGAGUAUGAUGUGAGCAAUCAUAUAUUUAUGAUAAAUGAUUAUAUUACUAUGUAUAUUGAAAAAAAUGAGAAAAGAAAUGUAUAUAUAAUAUCGAAAAAUAAAAAGAAAAUGGUGCUAUCAAAAAGUAAUCUAUUUAAAGUUUACUUUGAUGAAAAAUAUAUACAACAUGCUUCCAUCACAUAUGGUAAUGGCGAAUAUGAACUGUCUAUAAGAACAAAAGAAAAAGCAGGUAUCACAAAGAUCCUUAUACAACUAUAUAAUAAAUGUAAACCUAUCUUUUAUUAUAUCAUUGUGUUUAUUUAUGAAUUAUUGUCGUUAUUUCCGAAUAGACUGGACAUUGCAGAGGAAUCUCAUGUUAAAUUAAUUUUGAAAAGAGAAAAAGGCACUCAUCUGUACAAUGAAAGGAGUGGUAAUAACUCUGUAUGUUUUAUUGGUAAGAAGAGACAUAUUUUUAAACGAUUUGUUGAUGACAAAAAAAUAGAACAGCAAUAUUUAGUGUCGUACAGUCUAAAUAAUGUAAUAAAACGAAAUAUGAAUCACUUAAAAACUAUGAACUGUUUAAAGGAUAUGUAUAUUACGAGUUUUCAAAAUAAGUAUCAAAUACAACCAAGUAAAAACUAUGAUAUUAUAUCGGACGAGAUUAUAAAAGUUAGGAAAAAUAUAGAAGAGGUAAAUGUACAUAUUGUUGUAAUAAAUAGGGAAAGUCAUCAAAAAUUUACGUCAAUUAUAUUCGUACAUAAAAUAAGGAACACAGAUGUGACUUGUUUUUAUCCUGUGUACACGGAUAUAGUAGAGAGGGGCACUAAUACGACAACUGAUAGAACUGCUGCUUCUUGUAACUCGACCAUUUCUUCCUGCACUUCAUCUAUCCCCUUCUCGAAAAAACGCAAACGAAGCGGCAUUCAAGGGAGCAGUAAACUAAUUGAAAGAGAAAUAGAUCAAUUGAGAAACCACUUUUACUACAAAAGUAAUUAUUAUUUUGAUGAUUUUUACCUUCAUAAUUAUUAUAAAAUAAAUAAGAAGAUAAACAAAGGGGAGCAUUUUAUUCUGGGAAAAAGGUACCUUUGUAUUGUGCAUUUUUAUGAUGAAAGCGGAAGAAAAUUAUUGAAUAGAAAUACCAGUGAUCAAGUUAAGUGGACUCUCUUUUCAAAAAAGUAUAAUUUAAUUAUACAUUCAUUAUAUAAUUUUGAGGAAUAUUUCGCUAAUUACUUUGUUCCUAUAGAAAAGGGAAUUCAUUCUUUUCAAAUAUCUUACAAAAAUUAUCCUAAAUUUUACUAUAGUGUGGCUGUAUCAUCUCCCAUAGAAUGUUACAUUAAAGAGAUUUUCAUAAUGUCUACUCUUUUUAUUUUACCCCAUGAAAAAAUCUAUUACAAGUGUUACGGGGGAAGUGCAGGGAAAUACACUGUACAAAUAUUUAAGAAGCAUAAGUUUUUAAGUGUCAUUGUGGAUAACAGAACUGUAGUUGUAACAAGAGAAAGAAAUGAAUAUGUUGAGCGUACUCAAAGAAGUAGUUGUGGCAUAAAUGAUAAGGAAAAUCAUUGGGUAGAAGAAUACAACUCAGACAGAAAGAAUAACCUUCAUUUGAUUACCUUACUAUUUUGUGAUGAGAAAAAUUCAAAUAACUGUUUUAUAUCUAGACUAUAUAUUGUAGAGAAAAUUAAUGAUUAUUCAGUCAUUUUAGAAAAGGAUACAAUUGAAAUUAAUGAAGUUACGAACAUAUAUUUUUUUAUGCAUGUGUAUAGUUACACGAGCAAUUCGUGUCAUAGAUACGAUGAUCUAGCUUGCUUGAAAGGGAAAAAUAGGGAAAGUAUAAGAAGUAGUAAAAAAAGGAUAAAUGGACAAAUAAAGUUUUACUCGAAUGGGGUACAUAAUACUAAGAUUGGAAAAGAGGAAGGGAUCAAUUAUGGUCACUCUGUUAGAUAUACUCAUUUCUCUGAUAAGAGUAGUAUACUCUUGAGUAGUUGCUUUAAUAACGUACAUAAUGAUAUUAAACUUAAGUAUGAUAAGACAAAUAUAGAGGUAAUAAAUAAAUAUUCCAAGUUUUUGAAAAUGCCAGAAAAAUUUAAAAAUGCAUGUGGAUUUAUUCAAAUCAAAGGAAAAAGAGAGAAAAAUGCAAAUUUGAUGGAAAUGAUUUAUUACAAAGGAGAAAAAAUAAUAAGAAAGAAUGUUUUUGUGAAUGUAUAUAAUAAAAUAGGAGCUCUCUUAUGUCAAGAUUUUGUGUGUAGUAAAUAUAUAAAAUUUAACCAAAUGAUUAAUUUGAUAUUAUUCAAUGGUUUUGAUAAUUUACCAUAUAGAAUAAACAUCUCUUCCGAGUCGAAUAUAGACGAAAUCGUUAUAAAAGAAAAUACAUAUUUGAAUGAACAUAAUAGAAAUAUCUGUCCUUUGUUAUUUAAAAAAUUAUUUAUUGAAAGAAAGUUUACAAAUUGGUAUUAUGUGAACGAACAAAAGAAGGGUAUGUACAAAAACAUAUAUAGUAGUAAUAAUGGUACCAUCUUUUUUGCAAAUUCUGCUUCUCAUUACUAUUUUAAGAAAUUAUAUAAUAGGAAAUUAUUUGAAUAUGAUUUUGUGUAUAAUUAUUUCUUACUAGGUAAAAAAGAGACAACUACAAAAGUAAAACGUAAAGGCAGCAAAGUAAUAAAUUAUCAUCAUACACCUUUACAUAAACUUAUGCGCGCGAACGAUAAGAAAUAUAAUAUAUCUGCAAGUUCUUAUGAGCCUUUUUUUCCCAUCAAAAAAUAUUAUAUCAUUUAUUGUGCUGAUGGGAAAAAGAACCAUAUAACAUCAAAUAUAAUAAUAGAAAUGAUAUACAAUCAAACGAAACCAGAAAUUGGAACAAAGAAUUAUUGUCCUGUUCAUAUUAAGUAUCCCUCUUCUAUUCAAAUAACAAUGUUUGAUAAAGAAGUAAAUAAAUUGCAUCUUAUAAAUGAUACAAAAAUAUUAUUAUAUAAGAAUACUGAUUAUUAUGUGAAAACCUUUUUAAUUGAUGAACACGAUAAUGUUAUAUUAACGAAUGAACAUUUUGAAUACACAAUAGAAUCAUAUAUAAAAAAUUUUCAACUACAAGUAUGUCUAAAGGACAAAUCAUACUAUUUAGAAAUGGAAGAAAAGAAACGUAAAAACGUUAUAAAAACAAAUAAUAAAAUAUUGAUAAAUUGUAAGGACGACACGUUGAAUACAACUCUAAAGAGUAAGAACAGUACAAAUAGUGUAAGUGCCUUACCAAAUUGUACAUCGAAUGUGUUAUUACUAACUGUUACAUAUUCGUACAAAAGCGAUAAUUUUUCUACACAUUUUGAGAAAUAUAUUUCUUUGCACUUUUUUGAUAAAUUGUACACAAAUUACGGAAAUUUAGUUUUGUUUCAUUCUCCUUUUAUUUACUAUAAGCUUCUUCUUAUAUGUAGACCAAGCUCUACACCAUCAUACCCCCAAAGUUUGAUAUAUUCCUUUGAAGGGAACAAACAAAUUACUAUCCUGACCUCACUUGAGGGAAGAAGCUUACACGUUAAUAAAAGGAAGAAGUAUACCAUAGUGGAUGUGGACAUAAGAAGUCGAAGCGGUGAGUGUAGUACUGAUAGGAUCACCCCACAGGUGUGCUUCCCAUUGUACAUUAAUGCACAGCACGAAGCGGAGGGCGUCCUCACAGUAAGAAACAAAUUGAUAUACGAAACAGAACAUAUAUAUAUUGGUUUGUUGGUCGGAAAAAUGACGAAAGUAAGAAUAUCCUUAUUAUCUACCCGUUCAGAAAAAAAUAAGCCAAUACCUUUAAGGAUCGAAUGUUUUAGUAAAGACAAUAAAAAAUUUGACUAUAUUCCAGUACAAUUUUUAAAAAUAAGAUUAGUUUAUGAUUACAACAAGAAGAUAAGAAUGAAUCGUAUAGAUUUAAAUGUAAAGGAAAAUAAUACCAUAAUUAAGGAUAUAAGAGAAAAUUUUCAAUUAAAUGAUGAGCCAAUUUUAGAUUUAUUUUAUUACAUUAAUUGCCUGUUCACAGGUAAGUACUAUAUACAGGUGGAAGUAGUAUAUAAACUAAAUAAUAAAUAUAUUUCUAUUUUAUCCAAUAUGGUCGAAUUAAUUAUUUACUCAAAGGGGGUAUUAUAUAGCGAAAGAAAAAUAGUCCUUCAUCCUUUUAACCAAACAGUUGAAGUAUUAUUUCAAUAUGAUCAUCCAUAUAUAUCCAAAGUUUUAUGUAUAUCCAAAAAUAGCUCAAUAGUACAAGUACAAAAUGUAAUAAAAACAGAUUAUCAGCAAAAUAUGUACGUUUGUUCUAUAAAGACUAAUAGAAAUAUAGGCAAAACAGAAGUACAUAUAUACCCUAUAUUUAAAAGUUAUUAUGAUAUGUUUCCUAUAUCCAUUGGGGGAAAAACAUUUACUCUUGAAAAAUAUGAUCUAGAUUUUUACGAAAUAGAAAAAUAUUACGAAAAUUAUCGUAAGCAUAAAAAAUGUAGUAACAAUAUUUGUGUAAAAUUGGAAAAAGAAAGAGACAUACGAAAACUUUAUUUUUUUCAAGUCGAUAUAAUUGUUGAUUAUAUACAUUCUAUGAAACUUUUUAACAGUGGCAUUAUUUAUCUUAUCAUUAACAAGGAGUUAAAUAUGUUUGUUACCUUUUAUAGCAAAAUAGAGAAACGUCCUUACGAGUUCAUAAAUUUUAAUGAUGUUUAUAAAUACUCAUGCAUUUCGUAUAAACUAGAUUAUUUUGUUAACAGCAAAAAUGUAAUCUUAAAUGAUAGGGUCGAACACAGCUCCUUGUCUUGGGGACGAAGUGAACGAACGCUUCACAGGCUUAAUAGGGGGAGAAAACAAAAUAAUAAAAUAAUAUAUAAUAUAAAUGAUAUUAGUAAUCAUAACAGUAACAGUAAUAGUAAUGGUAAUGCUUACAGCAACAGUGAUGGUGAGAAGAGAAUAACCACAGACUUGGUAUUCGCCUCAGAUUCCUUCCUGUCAAUUAAAGCACACAAGGAAGGGAGCUAUUUCCUGUAUGCAAACCUAACGAAUGAUAAUAACAACAUGAUAUUAUCUGAAAUUUACAAUAUCGUUGUUGUUAAGAACAAUUUAAAGAGUAAAAAUAAUGGUCAUAUUGUGUACUUAAGCACAAAAGGUUUUUAUAAAUUUCAUUAUGAUUUUCAUUUUUUGAAAUUAUUUAACAAAUAUUACUAUUAUCCUGUAUUAUCAUCAGUAAAAAAUAUACACACAGAGCAUAACUCGAAUUCAUACUAUAUAUAUUACAUAGAUAAAAAAAAAAAAAAUUUUAAAAAAAUAUUAAUUAAUGUAUCAGAUAUUAUUGGGGCAAAAAUAAAUAAUUAUUAUUCCAAAUAUAUUCCGUUGAAUGUUAUUCAAUAUUUUUACAUUGAUUUAUAUAAUAAGUACGUUGAAAGCGUUUUGUUUCCUUUAAAUGCAAAGUUGUACCUCAUUACUUCGCAUUAUACUAUUUUGUCAGCUAAAAUUGUUAAUAAUAAUCAUAUUUUUAUCAUACCACAUAAAAUAGGUUGUUCAUUUGUUCACAUAUAUUUAAAAUUGUACAAAAAUUACAAGGAACAUAAUUAUUUAUUUGAUCAAAAUUAUGAAUAUAUUGAAAUAGGGAAAAUUCAUUUAUGUGUUGUAAAGCGUGUGAAGAGAAAAUAUUUUGAUAAAAAAAAUAUGUUUUAUUAUGUUAACAGGUUGAAUAAUCUAUUUAAUGAAUAUAAUGAAGAAUUCUGUUUACAGCCCUAUGUAUGUGUAAACUCUGUCCUUAAGUCAAACGCUAAUUUUGGUACAUUAUUAAAUAAUUCAAAUUUUCAUUACACUUAUAAAUAUUUGGAAGAACAAAAUUAUAUCAGAAAUGUCGAUGAUCUUUUCGUAUCACGGACGAAGCACUUUUCAAUUAUUAAUGAUUAUUGCACACGGUUGAAGUUGUGA